GCUUUGUCCAAAAAUUUGCUUUGUCUAUCUUCUGUUCUGUGUUAGUUUUUCCUUCUCUCUCCGUCCAAGAGUGACGUCUUCCAGAGACAAGAACGGCUUUGUUUCUGGGUCUCUACGCUCUUAGUGGUUCAGAUUCUUUCCCCACUUUCAACUUGUCCGUUUCUCACUCCAUUCAAAAUCUCAUAAACACAACUUCAUCAUCAAAUCAUACAUACAUGCACUCUCUCUCCUUCUUCACAUUCUUCCUUUUCUACCAACCCAUUCUUUUUCCUUAUUCGACAUUCUAGUCAAUACAAGCCCCAUCGACGCCUCUGAUCCAAGCUGGGUUCGCUUGAUGUUCUCGUAUACUGAUGUGAGUUACCUUCAAAAUACCACCUUUGAGUUCAUACAUCUCGACUUGCUAACUAAUCCCUUUUGUUGAUUUUGCAACAGAAGGCUUUUUAAUAUUAAAAAAAAGGGUUGUGGCCUUUGUGGGGGAUUACGCAGAUCUGCAUGUUAUCUAUUAUUUGACAAUAACAGAAACCAAAAAGAGGAAGAGAGAGAAAGAAAAGGAGUGUUGUUUCUUUUUUCUGGUUCUCCUCCCAUUAAAAAAAAAGGAGACAUCUUUCUUUCUUGUUUUAUCCUGAAUUCUCUGCCUUGGUUGAUGACUGAAGUUGGUUCACUGCCAUUUUAGUCAUCUCAAUCUGAAGGGUGCUGGUGUGAUUGUUGUGGGGUGGAGAAGAGGUUGCGAAAGUGAAAAAAGAAAAAUUGAAGGUGGAGAAGUGGUGUUGGGGGAUUGCGAAAGGUUUGAUUUUUGUUGGUGAUUCUCAAAGGGGUUGUGACGGAUCCUUCAAGGGAAGAAAGUGGGUGCUCGAGUGGUUUGGAGUGCAUUCUUGGCAUUCUAAGGGCCCUUAAGAUGGGGUCCUGCUUCUCUGCGGAAAGCAGGAGCCCUCACCCCACUUCACCCUCUACAUCUUUUCGGAAGCGCAAGAGCAACGCCAAGAAGAGGCUUGGAUCAAGAGCUUCUUCCUUUGAGUAUUGGAGGAAUGAGCCUCUCCAUAGGAUCCCUGGGAGGAUCUUCCUCAAUGGCUCCUCCCAAGUUGCAUCCUUGUUCACUCAGCAAGGCAAGAAGGGUACCAACCAGGAUGCCAUGGUGGUUUGGGAGAACUUUUGUUCUAGACAGGAUACUAUUUUCUGUGGAGUUUUUGAUGGCCAUGGUCCAUAUGGUCACAUGGUUGCAAAAAGAGUGAGAGAUUCUCUUCCUCUUAAACUGAAUGCCCAUUGGGAAGUUAAUGUUCCUGGUGAGGAAGUCCUCAAGGAGAUUAGCGGUAAUGCUGCAGGAAGCAUGAAUAUAGAAGAGGCUGCCUCUGCAUCUGCUGAUGAGGAUUCUCGGGUAUCUCUUAAUGCUGAAGAAACAGAAAAGCACCCUGAAAUCUUUCAGACACUCAAGGAAUCCUUUUUGACGGCAUUCAAAGUUAUGGAUAGGGAACUGAAGACCCACCAAAGUAUUGAUUGUUUUUGUAGCGGAACAACAGCAGUAACUCUGAUUAAGCAGGGCCUUGAUCUUAUCGUUGGAAAUGUUGGUGACUCUAGAGCUGUGUUGGGUACAAGAGAGAAUGAUGAUUCUCUUGUCGCUGUCCAGUUAACUGUGGAUCUGAAACCCAAUCUUCCAGCCGAAGAAGAGAGAAUUCGCAAAUGUAAAGGCCGUGUUUUUGCUCUUCAGGAUGAACCCGAAGUAGCACGUGUCUGGUUGCCGAACAAUGACUCGCCAGGCCUUGCCAUGGCCAGGGCAUUUGGUGAUUUUUGUCUUAAAGAUUUUGGCCUGAUAUCUGUUCCAGAGAUGUCAUACAGAAGACUGACCGAAAAAGACGAGUUCAUUGUCUUAGCAACAGAUGGGAUUUGGGAUGUUCUCUCAAACAAAGAAGUGGUGGACAUAGUGGCGGCCACAUCAAGGCGUGCCUCAGCUGCUCGAGCCCUGGUCGAGUCAGCAGUUCGCGCUUGGAGGUACAAGUAUCCAACCUCCAAAGUGGAUGACUGUGCUGUGGUUUGCCUCUUUUUGGACUCUGCCUCACACAAAGUAUGCAGUGCUUCCAUUGCCAAGUCCAAGGAGCAACCUGGUUCGACCGUCCAAGUCCACAAUGGCAACAGGGGAGACGUUUUGGCCCCGACCGGGCUGGGAAGGUCAGGAACAUGCAGGGAGAACGAUGAAGGUGAUGACAGCAACAAGAAUGAGGAGGAGAAAGAGUGUAGGGAAGAGGAAAUAGAUCCUGAGUCAGAAAUAGAAUGGUCUGCUCUUGAAGGAGUGUCUCGUGUGAACACAUUGCUAAACCUGCCAAGGUUUGAACCUGACAAAGAAGACAAGGGGAUGAGAAAACAAAAUUGAAAGAAAAUGGUUCAGUUGAGUUGAGUUGAGAUGGUCUUUUACUUUAUAUUCCUUUAUUUUAUUUUGUUUUUGUUCUGUUUUCCAUCAUCAUGAUAUAGAUACAUACACACCCUUUUCCUUUUUUGUUCUUUUGCUCAA